AUGGUGCUGUACUACGGGCUUAACAACCCUUUUUCAGCCCGGAGCUGCGGAACGAGGGAAUCGACAGCGAAGUGCAGGCUUAACGAAGCCUAUACGGAAAUCCUAGCUAAAAAGGAACUAGGCGAAAGCCCUGUUAGUACAGGCCGGCUGCUGCAAGAGCUGCACGGAAGCCCUACAGCAAUUACGCCCACUGGUCGGGGCCAGAUUCAACGAUAUUUAAUGAGCAAGAAAGCAUGGAAGCCCGUACGAGAGAUUACAAAGAUAUGGAAUGAGACCGCGACUGCAUUUGAAAGGAUGCGUAGUGUUACCCCAACUGCUAGCCCACUGAAUCCCGGAGUUGAAUCUGCGGACGAGCGCAUCCAACCCCUAGCCGAUGAUGAAGAUUGGAGGGCACUGAAUGCAAAAGCUCCAAUGACGAUAUCAAAGACCAUCAGCCCAGGAGAUCAAACAGCAAUCAGGCAUAUGAUGUACGCAGGGAUGUACGCAGGGAUGUACGCAGAGGAUCAGUGGCUAUUCCUAGAGAAGAGAUAUGGAACAGUUAGUGGUGUGACCCUGAAUGGCAUGCGAAAGCAGAUCUCAAAUUGGAAGCUUGAACCAGGUCAGGAUCCUACAGAUGGAUUAGGCCAAUUGGAAGCUCUAGUAUAUGACCAGAGCCACUGGGCGAGUUGA